GGAGGAUGAGGCUGAGCGGCCGGCGGGGACCUCAUGUAGCUAUAACAGACCGGUCUUAGCUAUAUAUAUUUUUUUCCUUGCCUUGUGUAGUUUCUUGCCAAAAAAAAUAAAGUAGAUAAAAGAAUAAAUAAAUAAAUCUGAUAUUCAAUGUGGAACUGUAAACCGGAAACUGAUUAGCUGCAACGCAAGAAACAAAAGAAGAAAACUGAAGUGGAUAAAGCAUCAAAUUACACCGGAUGUCAUUAUACGUUUUUAAAUAUCAAGGACUAUAAUCAAGACCACAGGGAGAGUCAUGGAGGUCGUAACACACCUUGCGAAUGACACUGUAGAGUUUUACAAAUGGAGCCUUACUAUAGCAGACAAAAGGGUGGAGAACUGGCCGAUGAUGUCAUCCCCCUUUCCCACCCUGGCCAUCAGCUGCCUGUACUUGAUCUUCCUGUGGGUGGGGCCUAAAUAUAUGCAGGAGCGCCAGCCCUACACUCUCAGAAGGACCCUCAUAGUCUACAACUUCAGCAUGGUGGUCCUCAACUUCUACAUCGCCAAAGAGCUCCUGCUAGCAUCGAGAGCUGCUGGGUACAGCUACCUCUGUCAGCCUGUCAACUAUUCAAAUGAUGUCAAUGAAGUCAGGAUAGCUUCUGCUCUUUGGUGGUACUACAUCUCCAAAGGAGUGGAGUUCUUGGAUACUGUCUUUUUCAUACUGAGGAAGAAGUUCAACCAGGUCAGCUUCCUCCAUGUCUACCACCACUGUACGAUGUUCAUCCUGUGGUGGAUCGGCAUCAAGUGGGUCCCCGGUGGGCAGUCAUUUUUUGGUGCAACCAUCAACUCCUCCAUCCACGUCCUSAUGUAUGGUUACUAUGGUCUGGCAGCUCUGGGACCUCAUAUACAGAAGUACCUCUGGUGGAAAAAAUACCUCACUAUUAUUCAGAUGGUCCAGUUCCAUGUAACCAUCGGCCACGCCGGCUAUUCCCUCUACACCGGCUGUCCGUUCCCCUGCUGGAUGCAGUGGGCUCUGAUCGGCUACGCCGUCACCUUCAUCAUCCUCUUCGCCAACUUCUACUACCACGCCUACAGACGCAAACCUUCCUCGCUCAAAGGAGGCAAGCCCGUGGCUAACGGCUCCUCUGCCGUGGCUAACGGGCACAGCAGUACGGAGGAGGUGGAGGAAAACGGAAAGAGGGAAAAGAAGGGCAGAGCGAAAAGAGAGUGAAAGAGGAAGAAGAGCUUUACGGGCGAAACGACGCAGCUAAACGUCAGAGAGUGAGGGAGGGGAUAUACAGAGUGUUCGUCAUCCCCGAAAAAUGUAGAUGGAUGCGAUUUGGGACCAACUUGAGGAGAUGAAUGGGUUGUAGCGUGUGUUUGUGAGCGUGUCUGUAAGUGGAAGAGAGUUGUGUUGUCAACUCUUUUUUUUUUAUUUUAAAUGAAGAAAAGCAAAAAUGCUGAUCGUGUAGACUCCACGCUCCUGUCCAGCYUCUGUUAGGACCAAAAUGUUAAAGGACCUGCAACCUGCUCAGCAUUCACAAUCAAAUUUUAUUCACUUCCAACUUUUGUACACUGAAUACUGCUUUAUCUGGAAGCUUGAGUAGUUUUUAACGCUAUAGUUUAUUUAUCAGUGCUCUAAAAUACAUUUAUUUAAUUUAAUUACCAAAAAGAAAAAAAAGCAAAGAAGGAAUUUUAGGGGUGGGAGGACUGUGGGGGUAUUUUGUUUACAAAUCUUAGGUUGAACAUGGUAAUAAUACAGAAUUGUAAUAUUUGCCAUCUGCUGUAUUUAACUUCUUUGCAGUCAACUGCAGCUAACAUUCAAACCUUAUCAUGGACUACGCAUUCUUCGCUGCUUCAAACGUGCUGCACCUCCUUGUGUUCAAGGCUAAUGUAAAACACCUCCAAUGAAACUGUAGUUUUCUUUUCUUUUUUUGCAAAUAUGACUAUCUUUGUGGAAAAUACAUAUUUUUGUGAGUCCUCACAAUGGUUUUUUUUUUUUGUUUUUUGUUUUUUGUUUUUUUGUUUUGUUUUUUGUCUGAGAGAUUGAACUUUUAAAAUUGUGUCACUGCUACGUAGAACAGGAGAGAAAUGCAUCAUUAACAAAGAACUUUUAUUAUCGAAAGUAAACAAGCGGCCAUUUUAUUGUCUAAUCCAAAGAAGAAUUAUUCAGCUUCUCCGCUGCACACAUAAGUCAAAUAAAACAAUGUCAGCACGAGG